AUGUCCGUGACGUUUUGCAUGGCCUGCGGGUUCAUGCUCACCUUCAGCGCGAAGAUGGAGCACCUUCGCACGCCCUUCGAAAUGCGCUUUCGCUUGCUGCGCCGCGGGUGGGUGGCGCUGCUGUUCAACAGCUUCGAGAAGGCAAUACGCUGGGUGGCCUCGCCAAACACCGCCUGCCUCUCGUCGAGGACGCCCACGUGCAGGAAUCGCUCCACCGGGCUAGCUCGGACCAGCAGGGCACCUCCGACGUGCCGAAGCGAGUCCAACUCCAACUGUCCCCUCUGCUGCCCGGCGCGCGCCUCCCUCCACGACGCUGUCUUUCAAUCAGGCCAGCGAGCUGCUCGCGAAGCCACUGCGCAUACUGUUUCAAGUCUUGCCUUUCAUCGUCGAGUGGCAGGCUGCAUCUGGGGUGGUGCCCUCGGCAGUGGGAUACUGCCGCGGCUCGGACCUGCCGAUGGUGGCGGAAGUCGUCUCGCGCCUACAUGA